UCUCGGAUUCACUGUUUCGAGAGUCGCGCGGGCUGCAGAGUCGUGAAGUGGGAUCAGGAGAACAGCUGCGUGUUCAUCGAUGAGAGCCAGUCUAGCGAGGGAAAAGUGAUUUUCUGUAAUUCUCCAGGAAGGAAUGUCAUAGUACGUACUUUGGGAGAGUACACAGAUUUGAGACGACAGCUAACCUCAAAAACAACAUACAUCCUGGUGUCCGCAUGCACCAAAUCAAAGGUCGAAGAAAAGAGAAACGGAGAUGUUACAGCUCUUGGAUAUUAUGUGGUGGCGAUCAACGGCAGUCAUCCAAUGAUCAGAUGGGAGAUGGAGAGAGGCUUAGACAUGACUAUUUCAUCUGUUGCUGGAGAGAGUUAUACAGUUGAUGUUGAUGUUAGUGCUGCACUACAGGGAUGGGUCGGUGAGAGCUUUCAAAUCCUUGUUGAUGGAAAAAAGGUGAAACCCAUCUGGAAAGACACACAUUUCAUCAUCAAGUACCGUUCUGACGCCCUUUUUGACUUUCCCUACUGGUUCGGCUUCAGCAAACGACAGUUCAAGGUUUCUUACCAUGGAAGAGGAGAUCAACACCCAAAAUGUUCUGUGAAACAGCAAAAAUCUUCCGAAAACAGGCUUCGGUCUGUGGAAACUGAAGCCCCAGAUGAGGAGACCAUUAAAACAUCUUAAAGGACUGUUUUAUUGUAAAUAAAACUUUAUGUCAGCAG